UCUGUUUUCAGUGCAUUAUUUAUUUUUUAUAUUUAAAAACAGUAAAGAAGCUUUACCAUGUCAGGUUUCUUUUUAAGUAACAAACCAAAACGAAAAAAGAAGAAUGUUGAUUCGAAAAUAUUUUCAAAGAAAAAAGUGUCUGAUUCUAGAACAUUGAGGAAUGGAAGUCAAUUUGACAUCAACACAGAUUCUGAAUCAGAAAGUGACAAAGAAGAUAUAAACAGCAACAUAAACAGUUCAGAUGAAGAGACAGCUCAGGAAAAACGACUUCGACUUGCCAAGGAAUAUUUAGUUCAAUUGGAGAAUGAAGAAAGGGAGAACAGGCAAGAUAUCUCUGACGGUGAAGAUGCAGUUGGAGAACGCCUGCAAAAGGAUGUGUUGGAGAAGCAAGGAAAUUUUCAAAGAAAGAUUGCAGAAAAAUGUAUUUGCCCUGAUGAAGACGCUAUCAAAAUAUUUUCUGGCCACAAGCUAUCUCUGACAUGCCUAUGUAUAUCACCUGAUGACAAAAUGAUAUUUUCCGGAUCCAAGGAUUGUUCAAUUAUUAAAUGGGAUAUCCAAACUGGUACAAAAGAGGGAAAGAUACCCAGUGGUCAUUCACAAGCUGAGAGUUCAGACAAUCAUGGGCACGUGGGGCAUAUCUUUGCAAUCGCUAUUUCAUCCGAUGGACAGUAUUUGGCCAGUGGUGGUCAGGACAAGCUCAUCCGUAUAUGGAAUCCAUGCAAUUUGAAACAUAUUCACACAUUUAAAGGACACAGAGAUGCAGUGACUGGACUUGCUUUUCGUCAAGGAUAUAAUCAACUUUUCAGUGCGUCUAAAGAUCGUACGAUUAAAAUUUGGAGCUUGGAUGAAAUGGCGUUUGUCGACACACUGUUUGGCCACGAAGAUGGUAUUACUGCGAUCGACAGCAUGAAAUACGAGCAGGCAGUGAGCUCGGGAGGUCGUGAUACAAGUGUUCGUUUAUGGAAGGUCGUUACAGAAUCCCAGCUAGUCUUUAACGGUUCAUGUGGUUCAAUCGAUUGUUUGCGCAUGAUUAACGAGAAGAGUUUUGUCUCGGGUUCAGAUGAUGGAUCCUUGUCCUUAUGGGCAAUUACGAAGAAGAAACCGUUAUGCACAGUGUCUAAAGCUCAUCAACCAACUGCGGAUAAUAUCGAUGCCCCGCGGGAAUCAUGGAUCACAUCACUGGCCACAGUUAGAAAUACCGACUUAAUAGCCUCGGGUUCGUCAGAUUCCGCAAUCAGGUUUUGGCGAUGCGAAAACGGUAUUAAGUCGCUUUCUCCUUUAUUCACUCUACCAGCGGUUGGUUUUGUUAACUCUUUGGCUUUUUCAAGCGAUGGAAGCUUUUUGGUUGCUGGCAUGGGACAAGAACAUCGAUUAGGGCGUUGGUGGCGGUUAAAAAGUGCUAAGAAUUGCAUCUUUGUUGUUCCGAUUACCAGGACUAUGGAUAAAUCUUAGAGAAAAGUAUUUCACCAUUUUUGUGCUAGAUUCAUUAAGGUACGUUUAAACACAGCGAUUUAUCGUGCCGGUUUUACUUGCGAUUUGUCGAUUACGGCCUCGUCAUCUCUGUAUGUGAAAGGCCAUGCAUCGGAUUUUGUCUUGAGUAUUCGCCACAGCAUUUCCUGAUUUACAAAAUCGUAAGAAAAAUCUGUGGCAAAUCACCCUUCUCUCCUUAAGAGCUGUGAAACAUAAGUAAAAUAUCGCUUCGAGCGAAAAUUAUCGCUAGUAGAAAACUGGUCUCAAUCGGCCCGAUGCAACGCUGUAUAAACGUACAGUACAAUUAUCGAAACCUGUUAGGGUGGUCGAUAAUGACUAUACGUGUGUUGACAAAAAUGUUAAUUUAAAUAAUAUAAUGAAUUUCAGUCAGAACUAUUCAUAUAUAUGUAGCUAUAGGUGAAAACAGGACUUCAUGAUCACUUGAUCACAAUGCAGGCUGUUUCUUCUGCAAUAAAACCAAUGUGACGUUGGUUUCAGAAUGACUAAGAAAUAAAGACGAAUUGUG